CGGCAGCUCACGGACUCCACUGGACUCCACUGUAGGAGUACCGGGCUCUACCAGACGGCGGGGUCGCCGAGUGGGCCAGUGUGUGGGCCGCACCUCUUCGCCAUGGGCCCCCUCUCACCGCAGCUGCUGAUGGAGCGCGGGCGCCCCAAGAGCAACCGGCUGGGGAAGAUCCGGAGCUUGGACCUUUCCGGGCUGAAGCUGCUCUCAGAACACCUGGACCCCAAGCUCUUGUGCCGCCUGACACGGCUGCAGGAGCUGGAUCUCUCCAACAACCAGCUGGAGAUGCUGCCUGACAACCUGGGCCUUUCCCGCCUGCGAGUCCUCCGCUGUGCUAACAACCAGCUGGGGGAUGUUACUGCCUUGUGCCAGUUCCCACAGCUUGAAGAGCUCAGCCUGGAGGGCAACCCCUUCCUGACAGUCAAUGACAACCUGAAGGUUUCUUUUCUUCUGCCCAAACUCCGUAAGGUCAAUGGCAAAGAUGCAUCCUCAACCUGCUCUCAGGUGGAAAACCUGAACCGAGAACUGACCAACAGGGUCACAGCUCACUGGGAGAAGUUCAUGGCUGCACUGAGUCCUGAAGAAAAGGCUGAGAAGGCCCAGGCAGACUUUGUGAGGUCUGCUGUCAGAGAUGUCCGCUAUGGGCCUGAGUCCCUCAGCGAGUUCACCCAGUGGCGGGUACGGAUGAUCUCUGAGGAGCUGGUGGCCUCCGGUGGGACACUCGUACAUGAAGCAGACAACCCAGAGAGGCCUCUAGAAGCCGCAGCUGCCUCCAAGCCCAGGGCCAGGCUGGUGACCUUGAAACGGCUGAAAGAUGUCCCACUCAACCUGUCUUCUAAUAAGCGGUGGUGUGUCUCCCCACCAGCCCAGGUGGAGGGCAGUCCUAAGGGCUCUGAUGGUGGCCAGCCUGCCCUGAAGCUGGAGCCCCUGCACUUUCUGCAGUGCCACAGCAAGAACAACAGCCCUGAGGACCUCAAGACACAGCUGUGGGCCUGUGCCUUUGAGCCAGCCUGGGAGGAGGGGGCCACAUCCCAGACCGUGGCCACAUGUGGUGGGGAGGCUGUGUGCGUGAUAGACUGCCAGACGGGCAUCGUGCUCCACAAGUACAAGGCACCUGGCGAGGAGUUUUUCUCAGUGGCCUGGACAGCCCUGAUGGUCGUCACGCAGACAGGCCACAAGAAGCGUUGGAGCGUGCUGGCGGCUGCAGGACUGCGGGGCCUGGUCCGUCUGCUGCACGUGCGGGCUGGCUUUUGCUGUGGAGUCAUCCGGGCCCACAAGAAGGCCAUUGCCACCCUCUGCUUCAGCCCUACCCAUGAGACUCACCUCUUCACGGCCUCCUAUGACAAGCGGAUCAUCCUCUGGGACAUCGGGGUGCCCAACCAUGACUACGAAUUCCAGGCCAGUCAGCUGCUCACACUCGACACCACCUCCACCCCACUGCGCCUUUGCCCGGUUGCGUCCUGCCCAGAUGCCUACCUGCUGGCAGGCUGUGAGGGGGGCUGCUGCUGCUGGGAUGUGCGGCUGGACCAGCCCCAAAAGAGGAGGGUGUGUGAAGUGGAGUUCCUCUUCUCUGAGGGCUCUGAGGCAUCUGCACGGAGAGUGGAUGGGCUGGCAUUCCUGAGUGAUGAUGUAGUGGCCUCCAAGGGGAGCAGUCUUGGCACCAUCUACCUGUGGAGCUGGAGCCAGACGUGGGUGGGCCGGGGCAGCCAGACCACAGUAGCAGUGGUUAUCCUGGCCCGGCUGCAGUGGUCACCCACUGACCUGGCCUACUUCUCGCUCAGCGUUUGCCCUGAUGAAGGCAUCGUGCUGUGUGGGGAUGAAGAGGGCAGCGUGUGGAUCUAUGAUGUCAAGAAUGUCUUGAAGCAGCCUCCUCUGCUGCCAGCAGCCCCUACACAGAUCCUUAAGUGGCCACAGCCCUGGGCCCACAACCAGACGGUGUCCAAGACCAUGGUGAACACAGUGGUGGCCAACCCCACUUUUACCUACCUCACUGCUCUGACAGACUCCAACAUUGUCGCCAUCUGGAAGAGACAGUAGCCUCAAACAGGAGCUCCUGCCUUUAUCACAAAGUACUAGGACAUGACUUAACUUAUUCAGUUUUUAGGCUGGUGAUGUUUUUAUCAAUGAGUAUUUUUCAUUAAACUCUCUACUAUGGG